UGACAAGUAGACAAAUAAAACAUUUUUAUAUUUAUAAUAAAUGGGUAAAUUUCGGUUAUGCUAGAUACAGCAACCGCUAUAUUUUACACAUCGCUUUUAGCAUGCGUACCACUUGGUUGCUUGUAUAAAAACAUUGAAGAUGAGCAAAAGCGGCGUGCAUUAGGUACUGGGAUAGGAAUACUGAUUGCACUAGUUAUUUGCGGUCCCAAAGUAUUUUACACAGUUUUAUUGGUAUCGGGAAAUAUUAUUGUGAUUAAAUGCUGCGAUAAACGUUUCGUCCAUAAAAUGAGCCUCUCGUUUACAUGGAUGUUUCUUCUAUAUUUGUAUUUCCAUGCUGGAUGCACAAAAUACGCUGGGUGGUUAUUCCAAACUUUAUCAUUACGGCUGGUCGGUUUAGCUUUCGAAAUUAAUAUCUAUGACCAAACUACAAGCAACACUGAAAACAAAAGUGCUCCUCAUAAAGUUCCCGCGAGUUUACCUGACGAAAAGGUUACUCAAUUAUCCGCCGCUGACAUUGCCACGUAUGCGUUUUUCUUUAUUGGCAUACAUAAAGGGCCGUAUUAUACGUGGAAAACCUUCAACGACCAUUUAAAUAGCAUUGCCAGCGUGCAAGGUGAUUUCUGGGUGGUUACCGAGCAGAAACUGAGAAAGACUUUAUUGCUGACACUUGGAUAUUUUGCCCUGCGGUCGAAUUACCCAAUCUCUAUGUACGAAGAUGAUGAGUUCUACACAAACUAUGGCACCGAUUAUCGAUUCUUAUUCUGUAUGCCACAACUAAUGAUUUACUACCUGGAGUCCCAGAUCAUCCUGAUGAUUACCACUAGCGCGUGUUCGGGAGCGGGGUUCGGUGUGUAUCGUGCCAAGUCCAUGGCGGUCCCGGGCGCCGGACCUACAAAACCGGUCGUAGGACCAGAACUGCCACCGGAUAAAGAAGAAUACAAUUUUUCAAUGCUAAAAUGUUUCGAUAACGAGAAAAUAUUGAUGGGGCCGAAAAUGAAGGACACGAUACGUGGCUGGGACAUGGCCACGCGGUACUGGUUCGCGCAGUAUAUCGUCAAGAAUCUUAUUAAUAAUAAUUUCGAAGUAAGAAGCGCAUGCUCAUUCCUGCUUUGGACGAUAUGGACGGGUUCCACAAUCCAGGAUACAAUCAUAGCACUGACCCUCUGGGUCUACAUUCACUUGGAAUCAGAUUAUUCCCAGUUGUACUCGGAAUCGCUAACAGGCCCAUGGGAUCUCGGCUUUGCGAUAAUGCGCAUUUUAUGCUUGUGCUAUCUUACGCCAUGUCUCAUCAUAGAAGACUGGGCCGUAGCUCUGAGAUAUUACAACUCAAUCUACUGGGUAUACCACAUUGUACUCGGAGUUCUGACCGUGGCAGCGAUUGCUGUAGAUAAAAGUAGAACAAGAGUGAAAUGCGUCACGAAUGCAGAUACUCUAAAAGAUAUUCCUGCGGGAAAAAGUAAAACUGAUGACGUAGCAUCAAGCAAACCUGAAAGCACGACCCAGGACAGCGGGCCGUCUACAAGUGGAAAUAAAUGAUAGGGGUUAUUAAAUCUAUUCUUUCCAUGGACAUUUUCUGCUACGUGGAUGCUAUGAGCGACAGGGAAAUAAUACGUCUUUGUCCCUCUCUGCAGAAAGUGUCCGAAGACAGGAUAGAUGCAAUGAUGGUUGCACCGUUUAAGUUGCGUACCUAGCCCGUACCGUGAACUCCCGUGCAUAGACAAAGAACAUAGAAGACUUAGAGGGGAAGGUGCGAACACUGCGAACAUCGGAAAACGGAAUUUUCGUAUAUAUCUAUGCCUCUGUCUGUCUUGCAUUUGAGAAAGACGACAGGCAUGGGAUAAACGAAGUGGUUCGCAGUCAUAGCCCAGUUUUGACAUCUGAUGUAGAUAGAACUGAACGGCUACUUGUUAUGGUUAAUUGGAUUGUUAAAUAAAAAAACAGUGCUUGACAACCUAGUUGCCGCGAAAUAUACAGCAGACGUCUUGCGCUAUUUAAUUUAGUGACCAAAACAGCUCUAUAUUCUUGAACAGUUUUCUUUUGUAUACUUAGCGCCACUUGCACCAUUCCACUAACCCG